AUGACCGCCGUCGCGUACGUCACCCCCGCCGCCGUGGCUCCCCCGGGCCAACCCGAUAUCUCGUAUGCGCCAGACUAUAGGAAGUACGAGGCCCGUAGGGACCAGCGCGUCAAGUCUGAAGCCCUGCAACAGCAGCUUCCCCCUGGGCUUCCGCGGGAGCUCACGGGAAAACUCGUAUGGGAGGGCGAGACGCUCGCGGAGACGUACAACUGGACCUACGUGCUAGACCAGAGCCAGCUAGACGAGCUAGAGCUUGCCUUGAAACAUUUCAAAUCCCUCGGCCUACCCCUAGGCUAUAUCAAUCAGGAGACAUUUCCGCUCCCGAAGCUGCACUCAGAGCUACGACGGCUGUCUGACGAGCUCCACAAUGGACAUGGAUUCUUCGUGGUCCGGGGCCUCCGCGUCGACGAGCACUCGCGCGAGGACAACGUCAUCCUAUAUGUCGGGUUGUCGUCGCACAUCGCCACCGUGAGAGGUAGCCAGGAUGGCUUGUUCGAGGGCAAGCCCGCCUCUGUCACGCUAGCUCACAUCAAGGAUCUGAGGGGCACCGGCCGCGACGACAUCAUCGGCAGCCCAGCUUAUACCACCGACAAGCAGGUGUUCCAUACGGACUCGGGAGACAUCGUCUCCCUCUUCGCCCUCGAAACGGCUGCCGAGGGCGGCGCUAGCAAGCUCGCUAGCACGUGGAGGGUGUACAACGAGAUUGCGCGUACGCGUCCGGACCUCAUCCACACGUUGACCUCCAACUGGGAUGUAGAAAAUUUUGCCAACGCUACCGUGCGGUUCACGUCGCGACCUCUGAUGUACUACCACCCGGCUACGGACUCGACGCCGGAGCGCAUCGCCCUGCAGUACGCCCGCCGGUCGUUCGUCGGAUUCGGCGCCCUGCCCCGAAGCCCCGAUAUCCCGCCCAUCACCGAGGCCCAGGCCGAAGCGCUGGAUACCUUGCACUUCCUCGGGGAGAAGUUCUGCGUCAACACGCACUUCCAGAAAGGCGACAUCCAGUACGUGAAUAACUUCGCCUUGUUCCACGCCCGGGACGGGUUCACAAACGCGGGGCUUAAGCAGCGUCAUCUCCUCCGCCUAUGGCUGCGUGAUCCGGCUAAUGCAUGGCCGACACCUGAGCCGUUAGAGGGCAAAUGGGCGGCGAUUUAUGGCGGCGUGACUCCCGAGUCCCAAGUCCUCCCCCUCGAGCCGUACAUUCGAAGUGCGAGCAACAAGGAGCAGCGUGGUAAGGGAUCGGAGUUGCGCUAA